CUCAAUAUCAACAUAUGUUAUCAAAUUGACGGUUUUAAAAUUUUAGAAAUUUUCUAAAUUUCUAUUCCCUUUUAAUUUUUGUUUUCAUGUUGUAUCAAAAUAAUGAUGAAGAAAUCUCAGAUAAACGAUAAAAUGAAUAAAUUGACCAGGGAUGGAGGCGCGAUUAAGGAUGAACACAAUGCUACAGAAAUCGCCGAUUUAAUUUACAACAGGAUGGUGAAGGACAUCAAGUCCAGGAUUAAAAAGAUCCUAUCGAUGGGUAUAGAAUUGGGAGACGUAUCCAAUAAAACGAAACUGGUUAAGGGCAGGCGUGGCGGCGACGAGCGCAAGUAUAGGGGACACAGCAGACACAGAGUAAAGCGACAUAUCAUAAGGCAUAGGUGCAUCCGUGCCAAAUGCCCACGAUGUCACACAUCUUGGAAGCUGAGCAACUGCGUCAGGAAGAAGCUUUAUCGAGAACCAUUGCGUCGUCAUCGAUGUGGAAAAAAAGUAUUGCGAGAAGAAACGAAGUAGACCCUACGACCAAAUUGAAAUGAGAUUUGCAUCAAUCUGAACAACGAUGAUUGGAUACAACCACCAGCCCUCUAGAAAGAUCAACAAGUAUGUCGGCAAUCUGGCAUUUGAAGUAUUCAAGCAAUCACAGGAGCAGACCGCAGAAGACCUCGGCAAGGCGAUCCACGAUCAGAUGCUGACGGACGUGAGGACUAGGAUCAACACCAUCCUCGCCAUGGGGACGGAACUGGGUGCUGUGAGCAGGGAUGGGGACCGCUAUAGGGUGAUCAAAGGGAUAACCAAGCUGGAUAACGUCUUGGAGCAGUGCCAGACGGAUAGGAAGGGCUGUUCUCCAGUAUGCUGCCCAUCCAAAUCUCCAAGAAAGAAGGUAAAACAGAAAUGUAAUGUAAAAAAAAAAGGCAAAGGUAAUGGUAAAUGUAAUCGUAAGGGUAAAGGCUGCGGUAAAUGCUGCUGCAGGCUCAAGGCCUACGACAAAAGGAAAUGCCGCGACAUUCCUGGAUUCCAUGAAGAAGAGGAAGAAAAAUAUUUCGAAAACACGAAAAGAUGUAAUAAGCAAUCGGUUAAAAGCGAAAGCAAUGCCGAAGAAAGCAAUCCCGAAAGCAAUCCAUGUUAAGUUUCUCGUCCGGAUAAAUGUUUUAUGUUGUACGACUUAUAAAGACCAUUCACAAUUGCAGUAGAAGAACACAUUUCACUGACUACACACAAUCGUUCCAGUUGUCCGCUAAACCUUGAAAAAAUUAAAAGGAUAUUCGUAACCUUUCACCUAACUCAGAAUAAAAUCAUGUUAUCGUAUAAGGGUGUAUUCAUAAUUAUUAACAUUAGAGUACUGUUUAUA